AUGAAAGGCACCUUAUUCUUGAUAUCAACAGCCAUUGCUUAUACCGUAGUAUCCGCAAAAUUAGUAACCAUUCCAUUUACAGCAGUAGAACGAACUGGCAUCAGUGCUUCCGCUGUAGGAAAUAAAAAACUGGGUGGUCUUGUGGAUGUUCCUCUUAAAAACAUUGACUUGGCCUAUUUAAUCGACGUUGAAAUAGGUUCCCCUCCCCAGCCUUUUACGCUAUUAUUAGAUACAGGAUCAUCAAGUACCUGGGUUCCUAUCCACGGUUGUGGUCGCUAUUGCGGAUACCCUAUCAACUCUUUAAUACCAGCCAAUUCAUCUACUUUCAAAACGGACAAUAUGCUGUUCAGUAUUCGAUAUGGAGAAGGGUUUUCCAGAGGAUAUUAUGCCAAAGAUACCAUGACUGUAAACGGCGUCUCUGUGCCUCAAGUGAACUUUGCUGUGUCUGAUUAUAAUGACGGUGAAUUGACUAUUGACGGAGCAGAUGGUAUUCUAGGCAUUGGACCCGAUAAGCUGAGUGUUUAUAAUAACCCAGACAGUAAAGUGAUUCCUACAUUGGUGACUACUAUGUACGAACAAGGCAUUAUCGACCAUAAUGUAUUUUCCGUGUACUUUCAACCCGUAUCCCAAAAUGUCAACGGCUUAAGAGAACAAAAGCGUGUUAAUGGAGAAAUCGUUUUUGGCGGAGGUAACCCCAUAUUCAUCUUUUUUUAUUAUUCAUUUGAGAAAGGCAACUGAUACUGUAGCCCAUUUCAGUCGAGGACCGACAUAUUACAAGUAAUGUCAGUUAUGUCCCAACAACAAGAAAGGCCGAUUUCGAGGUAAAGAGGAUUUUAAUGCAUAUAGCAAAAAUGAGUACGACUGACACACUAUCGACCAGGAUUAUUGGGCUGUUGAUAUCCAAUCUAUCUCUGUUGGAGGUUAUACCCGUGAAUAUGAAAGAGGCAUCUCAGCCAUGAUUGAUACAGGAUCCACACUUGUAUUCUUACCCCGAGAUAUCAUCAAUCACGUUUUCCGAGGUGUCAAGGGAUUACGUAGAGAUUUCACGGGCCAAUACGUCGUACCUUGUAAAUCAGAAAACUUACCCGAUAUUGUACUUACCAUGCACAACAAUACUUUUACAAUCUCACCAGAGCAUUAUGUCAUUACCGCCGGUGCUGUAAGUUUUUUUUUUUUUGUUACUAAGAAAGAGUGUACCAACCCUUUUUUAUUAUUAGCUUUCCUAUUCAGCCG